GCUCCCGCCAUCUUUACGCCCGGGGUCGCCGGCGCAUGCGCGUAGCGGCCUCGGCGGAACGGUGUGCGGAGCUAGUCCGUGUCGUCCGCGUGCUGGGUACAGUCGUGUGCAGAGAUGCUGUGCCGGCUGAGCGUUAGGUGGCUGCAGCCGCGGCCUGCACUGCAGCUCCGGGGCUUGGGCCCACCGGUCGCAUCGGCCCCCACCGGCGGCGCCAAGCCCUCCGCUCUGCCAUUGUGGGCGGUGGCAUCAGUCUCUGCAGUUGGCCCGAGUGGCGCGGGUGGCUGGUACGAAUCCCUGGCUACGUCGGCGCCGGUGCAGGGCGCCGAGGACGUGCUGCUCUUUGCGCACACCGCCUCGGGCCUGCCCUGGUGGGGCAGCAUUCUCCUCACCACCGUGGCCCUGCGCGGCGCUGUCACGCUUCCCCUGGCCGCCUACCAGCACUACAUCCUGGCCAAGGUGGAAAAUUUGCAGCCAGAAAUAAAAAACAUUGCAAGGCAUCUUAACCAAGAAGUUGCAGUUCGUGCAAAUCAGUUGGGGUGGUCCAAAAGAGCUGCCAGGCUCACUUAUCUAAAGACUGUGCGGAGGCUUGUUUCAGAGCUGUAUGUUCGGGAUAACUGCCACCCUUUCAAAGCCACUGUGUUGGUCUGGAUUCAGCUUCCAAUGUGGAUAUUCAUGUCUGUUGCUCUCCGGAAUUUUAGCACAGGGGCAACACAUUCAGAAGCAGGUUUUUCUGUUCAGGAGCAGUUAGCUACCGGUGGGGUCCUAUGGUUUCCUGACCUCACUGCCCUGGAUUCCACUUGGAUUCUGCCCGUCUCCAUUGGUGUCAUCAAUUUAUUAAUAGUGGAGAUUUUUGCUCUGCAAAAAAUUGGAAUGUCUCGUUUCCAGACAUACAUUACGUACUUUGUUCGUGCAGUAUCAGUGUUGAUGAUUCCAAUUGCAGCGACAGUACCUUCAUCACUUGUUCUCUACUGGUUAUGCUCCAGCUUCAUGGGCCUUGCACAGAACUUGCUGCUGCGUUCUCCUAGAUUUCGCCAACUUUGUCGAAUACCGUUGACCAAGUCAGAUUCAGACACUCCUUAUAAAGACCUCUUUGCUGCCUUUUACGCCAAGUUCAUUACGCCAAGAAAAUGACAUACUUUCUAGUAAUUUUGAAACAAUUACAAGUUUCACUGUUAAUGUAUUUAGAAGAUUUAGAAAUUCAGAUAUGGUUUAAUUUGCUUUUUAAAAUCAUCAGCUCUGUGAAGUACUGUGGAUUAAGAUAUAAUCCAGAUAUAUUUGACAGUACUUAAAAUCUUUUAAGUGCUAAAAAUGUAGUAUGUUCAAUUAUAUAAAAGUGGGAUCAAAGUGUCGGGCCCUGUUUGUAAAAUUACAACUUGCGAAAGGUGCUAGAACUUUGGAGAACAGGACUAGAAAAGUUUUAUAAAAUAAAAGAAUCCAAUGAAGUGAUUCUUAAAAUUUUGGGGGUGUGGAGGAUCAUAGACCCGUUUGAUCAUUUAAUAAAGCCAUGGUUUUCUCUUCAGAAAAGCCCUGAAACUCACAACAUGGAGGCCUUUAUUGACCCCCCUUCUGAUAAUUCCUGGUUAAUAAGUAUUAUUCUAAUGGAACAUACAUUGAUGAUGAGUUAAUGUGUGAUUUUAAAAUGAAAAGGACUUGAGAUACAUGCAGUGGAGUAGUCUACGCACGGAAGAAAGUACCUAAUAGGGUAGGUAGUGUUGCUUCUCAGCCUUGCUCUGAAAGGAUAUAAAGGGUGUACAUUUCCUUUCUCUAUAAUUUAAGAAGUCCGGAAUACAGAGCAUAGAACUAAGUACUGCUAGAGCCCAAAGUAGAAAAUCUUAAGCUAAUCAUAUAGAAUAUGAAGGAACCCAAUAUCUCUGUUAAUCCUUUAAGAAAGUGAAAAACUGGUACUAGGGUCAAGGUUAUGCUAAUUGGGAGACUCCUUUAGACCUGGACACCUUGGUAUGAUAAUACAUAACAUUAAAUUGGUCUGAGGAUCUUAUAUAUUACAAAAUUCAUAAUUUCAUAGCUUGGAAAAAAGGAUCAAAGUAAAUUUUAAAAGCUCAAAAGAUCAGGAUAGUAUUAGCAAGUUUUAAAAAUAAUGACUGAAUACAUGAAGAUACAUUAGUUACACUAUUACUAGAAAUUAAAUAGUAGGUGAAGAAUCAUCUUAUUCAGCCAGAGAGCAUGCAUAUGAACGUUGUGUAUUCAGUCAUUAGAGAACGUAGGUAGAUCACAUAAUUGUGAAAUAAGCUUGUGCAGAAUUCUGGAGACAGAGUUGUUUGAGUCUUUCCUGUCAUCUCAAAGUACAGUAGACCCUUCUGUCUCCUAGCCCCAAAGCCACAACCAUUAAGAGCUUCAAACUGUUAGCAGCUAGAAUCCCAACAAACAGCUGAACCAGACUUCAUUAGAUAAGGACUAACAUAGCCACAGAGAGGGAAUGAUUCUGUGACUCUUGAACAUAUUGACUGUAGUCAUUUGUGGAAUACAGUUUCAAAGUACAAAGGACUAUUAGAAAACUUUGAACUUUAUUUGGUAAUUGUAUUGCUCUUGUUAAUAUUGCAUUGCUGUUUUGGAACUCUUAUUGUCAGGUAAAAUAUCUAAUGAUGUUUACUGGUAUAUUUGUUUUCUGUGGAUGCUGUUAACAAAAUCUUUAUGCUGCUUAUGCACCAAGAGGAAGAUGCUAUUGAAUGUAUUUGAUAUUAUAAGAUAUAUGUCUUUCAAAUUUUUCUUUUAAGGGAUAGAUUUAGGGAUUGCCCCUGAGGUCCUACAAAAGAAGGUCCUCCCCACAGUUCUCCACCCGUAUACUCAGAAAGCCUAGGCUUCAUAUCUGUUUCACCUAAGACCUUCCACAAUCUCAGUUAAGAACUGAUGAAAUAAAAUUCAUGUUUGAUGGCAAGACGAGAAAAGUGUAAACAUAAAUUUUUUCUUUGUCCCUUUGGGCCUCCUGCCUCCCCUUUAGCAGGUAUUGUGCCUCUGCAUUAACCAGAGCUCUUUAGGAGAUAACAUUCCUUAAUCUCAUUAAGGGGCACUGACUCUUAGGAGAUAACCUUCCUUCUUGUAAGGGACCAUGAUGACUCAUGACCCACUCUUUGCUUUGUACCUGUAGGUCUGGAUCGUGUAAACUGUUAAUAAUACAUCAUUUGACAUAAACUAAACCCUUUGUCUCAAAAACGUACAUAACUGUGCUUUGACCGCUAAUUGGCAGAACAGUCCCCGGAGCUUUCUGAAAGUCUAUCUCUCAGAUUAUAACCCUCAAAUUGGCUUGAAAAUUUUCCAUAUUUUUCUUAAACGGUUGAUGAAUUUUUCUGUUGACAGGACUGUACAUAAAAGCACUUUGAUCCUGGUUGAUUCCUGUCCAUAGCAACCACAAGGCCUGGCAAUUACCACAAAAAAAGAAAAACAUUACCAGCUGAGGAAUGGCAGCAAAAGAGGUUAAACCAAGAAAGCACUUUUACACAGAAGCCUUGCCUAGUUCUUAGAGCAGUAACUUUUGCUUUGCUGUAACUUGAACAUGAGAGAGAUCCGACACAACUGUCCCAAAGGAAUACGUAACAAGAGAACCCUGUUCCCUUGUAUUCUCGCUGACUACCUUCUUGACUGCCCAGUUCUUAUGUAAGUUUUGCAAGAUAGUCUUACCUUUAAUUGCCUAGGCCUAUACUGCUGAUUUUCUUCUGUAAAAUGAGGACUUCUGGGUGUUUGAGAACAAAAACCUUGAUGGAAAGACCUUAAAAUCAAAAUAAAUGCUUUAAGAAAGCAGCCCGGCUUCCCUGGUGGCGCAGUGGUUAAGAAUCCGCCUGCCAGUGCAGGGGACACGGGUUCGAGCCCUGGUCCAGGAAGAUCCCACAUGCUGUGGAGCAACUAAGCCUGUGUGCCGUAACUACUGAGCCUGCGCUCUAGAGCCCGUGAGCCACAACUACUGAGCCUGUGUGCUGCAACUACUGAAGCCCGCAUGUCUGGAGCCCGUGCUCCACAACGAGAGAAGCCACUGCAAUGAGAAGCCUGUGCACCACCACGAACAGUAGCCCCUGCUUGACGCAACUAGAGAAAGCCCGUGUGCAGCAACGAAGAUCCAGUGCAGCCAAAAAUAAAUAUAAAUAAAUAAUUAAUUUUAAAAAAAGCAGCCACUGUUAUUGAGUUAUUCUGUCUAAGGCAACAAAAAAGAAAUUUCUAUCCUUGAAAGUCCCUGCUAGACUCCAGAGGGCCAAGAAUUUCUUGAAAAAGAAGCCUCUAGGGAAAAUGCCCCAUUUCUAUCUUUCCUAUUUUGAGAAAAUUUUAUGGUCAUGCUCCUCUUCCUUUGUAUCCCUGAUAUGGCAGUUAUAUUUGUUUUUCCUUAGUUGAGAAGGCAGCAUUGUAUUUAAUUUAGCUUUGGUUUUUGUCUUCUGGCUAAAUUGUAGCUCUCUGGGGAAACUUAAAACUGGAAUAUGAAAUACACCUAACUAUAUCCCUUUCAUUGCAGCUGCAUUUCUGCAUGUUCCAACGGUAGUACAAUUGAUAAUUUGAGGAAUUUCUUCUAAUUAUAACCUCAAACUUCCUGGCUUUUCUGUGAGUGAUGGAUGCUUCUGAGGGUAAGGAGUAUUAAAAAUAUGAAUUCUGUAUCUGAGAGAAUUAACAGCUUCUUAUUCCAUGUUAUUCAAAAUGUGUCCCAUGUGUUGCUAUAGGUAGGAAACUCCUUUUGUGGUUUCAUUAUAGAAGCUUCAGUUGUGCUUAUAUGAGUUUUCAAAUACAGAUGUUCCAUUUUGGGAUGCAAGUGAAAACCAGAAAUUCCCAUUUAAAAUUACAGUCACAACCAAGUAGAGAUUUUAAAAUGAAAUAUCUUCUUCCUUAUCUUUAACUCUCACCUAUCUACAUCAUGUGUUACUUUACUUUAAAAUACAGUCGGUCCUCAUUAUUCACAGUUUCAUGUUUGUGAAUUCACCUACUCACUAAAAUUUAUUUGUAAAAUGCUCGUGAUGUUUUUGCUGUUACUAGCAGACAUGUGGCUGCACGCUCAGAGCAGCAAAAAAUGAGACCAGUGCACACAUUCCCAGCAGCAGUCAAAUCAAGUGACACUGCGUUUUGUUUCAGCUCUCAUGCUGUAAACAUGUGUCCUUCUUGUGGUCUAUUUAGUGCCAUGUUUUUCUCUUUUUUACACUUUUGUUGAUGAUUUCUCUGUUUCAGCUGGCCCCCAAGCACUGAGUACAAGGAGACUGUGAUGCCCUCACAGAGAAAAUGUGUGUUAGGUGAGCCUCUUCCCAGUGUGAGUUACGGUGCUACUGGCCGUGAGUUCAGUGUUAAUGAAUCAACAAUAUAUAUUACAUAAGGUGUCUUUAAACAGAAACACACGGAGGACGUGAUUAUGUCUUGAUCGGUUGAUGAAAUUGGUUGUUGUGACCAAAGGCUUGAAGGAACCUAACUCUGAAUUUCCUCUAAGAGUGAUGGGAGGCUUUAUAGAACAAAACUGCCGUGAAUGAUGAGAAUUGAAUGUAUUUCAGCCUAUGCCACACAGUUUUUAUAGUCAUAUGAUGGUUUAAAUCAGGCAUCCUGAAAUUGAGGACCUAUGGGCCACAAAUCUAGCUCACUGCCCUUUUUUGUACAGCCUGAAAGCCGAGAGUAGUUUUUACAUUCUUAAAUGAUUGAAAAAAAAUGAAAAGAUAGUAUUUCGUGACACAUAGAAAUUAUAUGAAGUUCACAUUUCAGUGUUUUACUGGAGCACAGCCAUGUUUGUUUAUGUAUUGUCUGCGGCUUUCAUGCUUCAACUGCAGAGCUGAGUGGUGUGACAGAGGUUUUAUGUCACAGUGCUUCAUACUCUGCUCAGCACACAUCUUAGUGAUACAGUUGUAACUCCACAGCAUUUCAUGUGUACUGCCCUACUGCAACACUUUAUUUUUUAUUUUUUUUAAAUUUAUUUAUUUAUGGCUGUGUUGGGUCUUCGUUUCUGUGCGAGGGCUUUCUCUAGUUGCGGCACGUGGGGGCCACUCUUCAUCGCGGUGCACGGGCCUCUCUUUGUCGCAGCCUCUCUCGUUGCGGAGCACAGGCUCCAGACGUGCAGGCUCAGUAGUUGUGGCUCACGGGCCUAGUUGCUCCGCGGCAUGUGGGAUCUUCCCAGACCAGGGCUUGAACCCGUGUCCCCUGCA